CCGACGCGGUCACUGACUUUCUUGCACUCAUCUCUCCGGCUGCUCGUCGACUCAGAUCCUCAGAAAAUCAUGUCUUUCCUCGGUCUCCGCAAGUGGCCCACGCCCUUCCUUAAGCCCAUGUGGCCCUUCCUCGCCGCCGCGGGCCUCGUCACCUACGGCGUCUCUGCCAUCCAGGCCAAGGCCAUCCGCUCCCCGGAGUACAUCCACGACCCGAGGAACCCCUACGCCGCUCAGCUGGCCAAGGAGGCGCAUCACUAGAGGCAUAUGGACUGUAGAGCAGGUUCGCAGAGUCGCAGAGUGUAAACAACGUCAAUUCGAGCGCAUGCGUUCUGGCUAGUCCAGGUUCGAUCCGUCGCGUCCGCCCGCGUUUUCAUCCAAAGUCCUCAAAAACUUCUGCGUCAACAUGAAUGGACAGGUCUUUAUUUCAGC